AGCCUGGCUUCGGCGUUUAAAAACUCCGGUUGUUGUUGUUCUGUGUAGAAAGUCCACGGUCUGUGAGCUUAACAGCGGUCCGACAGGGUAGUUUUCGCUUCAGCCUUUCACCAUGGCCUUAUUCUGUCACCAGGCGAGUUAGCCAACAGUUAUUUAUUCACCGAAGCCGCGAUUUGGUCCACUGGAAGAUGGUUUGUUUGUGCCGGUUUCUUCUCGGUUCGUUCCAGCUGUGCUUGCUGCUCUGCUUCGCCUCCGGUGCGUCCUUAAAAUGCUCCGAUUCGAAGCCCUGCUCGGACCGACCACCUGUAGUGCUGAUUCCAGGCGAUCUUGGGAACCAGCUGGAGGCAAAGCUGGACAAGCCCAGUGUUGUCCACUACAUCUGCUACAAGAAGACAGAGGAGUACUUCACGCUGUGGCUUAAUCUGGAGCUGCUGGUGCCCGUAGCCAUCGACUGCUGGAUUGAUAACAUGAGGCUGAUCUACAAUCGCACCACUCAUAUGACGGAAGCUCCUCCGGGUGUGGACGUCCGAGUGCCCGGCUUUGGCCAGACUUUCGGCCUAGAAUAUCUGGACCCAAGCAAACGUAGCGUGGGUAUAUAUUUCUUCACUAUAGUGCAGGCAAUGGUGGAGUGGGGUUAUACGAGAGAUGAAGAUGUCCGAGGUGCGCCGUAUGACUGGAGAAAAGCUCCAAACGAGAAUAAGGAAUACUUCUUGAAGUUGCAGCUGAUGAUUGAGGAAAUGGCGGAGAAGUACGGGGGUCCGGUGGUCCUCAUAGCUCACAGCAUGGGCAACAUGUACACACUGUACUUCCUCAACCACCAGCCACAGGCCUGGAAGGACAAAUACAUCAAAGCAUUCGUGUCUCUGGGUCCACCGUGGGCAGGUGUGGCCAAGACGCUGAGGGUUAUGGCGAGCGGUGAUAAUAACCGCAUUCCAGUCAUCAGUCCGCUGAAGAUCCGUUCUCAGCAGCGCACGGCCGUCUCCACCGCCUGGCUGUUCCCAUACGCCCACACAUGGCCCAGCGACAUGGUCCUGGUGUCCACCCCCACCGCCAACUACACCAUCAAAGACUACCAGCGCUUCUUCAAGGACAUCGGCUUUGAGGAUGGCUGGGCGAUGCGCGAGGACACGGAGCCACUGGUGAGCACGCUGGAGGCCCCGGGGGUGCCCGUGCACUGUCUGUAUGGGACAGGGAUACCCACAGCGCAGGGCUACAUCUACACCACGUUUCCGGACGCGGAGCCCAGCACGGUGCUGAACGGUGAGGGCGACGGAACAGUCAACAUGCUGAGCGCCAUCCAGUGCAAACGCUGGAAGGAGCAACAGAAACAGCCGGUCCACCUGCUGGAGCUGCCGGGGAACGAGCACGUGGACAUGCUCCUCAACGUCACCACCGUCGCCUACAUAAAGUCUGUGCUCUUCUCACCCUGACGCACGCAUUAUUGUGUUAGCAGCAGAAACUGUCCAGCUCUGACUUCCCCUUUAAUUUGGAGAAACGAUCAAGGAUAAUUUUCACUUUCCUGGCAGUGAAAGGCCUCUGUUCUGUUUUUACAUGUGAGGUUAACCACUUCCGACUCUCUGGUUUUAAGAUGCUCGAGUGGGAAAACGUCUAGUUUUUUAUGGUCUCUGGUUGUGGAUUGUGAAUCUUACCUGUAUCUGGUAGUUUAGGGAGAUUGGCAGAUUAGUCAUUUUCAUCUGGAAGAUAGAUUAUGAUGCAGAGGUAAUAUAGAUGUGCGAUCUAUAUAGAGUGCAAUUUAUAUUUGGGUUUUUAAAAAUCCUAAAUUUUUAAGUUAUAAGUAUACUGAUACUAUAAAUUUUAGACCAAAUGUUCAGUCAGUUUGUGCCAUUUUAAAUGUUGCAUUGACUGAUAACAAGGUGCCUGUGAGUGAAUUGAAGAGCUGAGGUGAAUCUUUGUGUUGUUACUAUAUUUUUUAUUAUUAAUUUCACCCAAAAUCUCAGUUUCGAGCCUCUUCUGAUGACCAGUGUUAAAAAUGAGAUGUUACAUUUUUGAAUGUUAGACGUUCCUGCACUUGUGUUUCCUCUGAAUCUGAUGUUAGCCUGGCCAGAUGCAGCACAGCUUUUACAGACAUGGAUCUAAAGGCUGGAAUGGAACUUGUUGCAAUUAAUGUGCAAUAAAUGCAUGCUGACCUGUUUGAGAUGAACUGGAUUUUUCUAUGAGACGUUUUUGCAGUCUUUGCCGCUCAGCCAAGGGAACUUAGCACUUCACUUUCCAAAACAACCAAUAAAUGUUUUUCUAAAAGUAUGACGUCCUCGGGAGCACCAGCACAAUCACUGGUGACUUGUUCAUUGUUUGGUGAUUGAAUUAAAGGGGAAUUCCAGUGAUUUUUACACAAUUUCUGCAUAAAAAUAAGAGGUUAGGAUGUAAACAAACUCAUUCAGAGUGGUUUGGUGUGAAACGCUCUGUUCUAGAGAAACCUAGAGUCAGAAUUGUUCACAGUGGUGGUGAUAGGAACCAGACGUCCACCUCUAAAAGCUCCCUCACAGAAAAUUAUAAGUGAUGGAUAUGAAAACACUGCCUGAUGUCUGAGACAUUGUUUUAUGGUAGUUUUGAGCUUGAUAAGAUUUGGGCCUAAAAUAUAAACUCCAUUCAAGAUGAAACUGAGCAAAAUAGUCCAAAAAGAAUUUUUUAAACCACUAUUUUACCAUUAUCAACAUAUAAAAACUCAGAAGACGUGGAGGUUCACUGGUGGCUUUGGAUAGUAAAUAAAAUGGCUGUAUUUGUGUUGUAGACAUAGUGACCCCUGGUUCCUAUCACCACCACUGUAAAGAAAUCUGAGCCAGUACGUUUUUCUCCGAAACGGAUCAUUUCACCUCAAACCACUCUAAAUGACUUUGUUUACAUCUCACUAAGUGAACUAUGCAGAAUUUUUGAAAAAUUAGUGGAAUUCCCCUUUAAAGACUAAAUUCAGUGUCUUAUUUUUCCACCCAAAUGUGUAAAGUUUGCAUGUAUGCUGAUAUACACUCUUAAAAAGAGUUCAACAACCAUCCACUGAAAGAUUCUUUAGGGAACCAAAAGUGGUUCUUCUGGGAUUUUGCUCCAAAAAUCUGUUUUGCCAUUUCACUUUUAAGAGUUCAUGAUCAGGUCUCCUAUCCUGUUACUCCUAACUAGAAAAACAGCGCAAAUGAGAAACCUUCGAGGUGAAAAACAUUCAAAUACAGUCAAACUGAUGUUUAAAGAUGUUCAUAUAGACGAGGCUUCCAGCGAAGAGCGGUUUGCACAUCGUUUGGUGUUUUGAAUGAAUGUUCAGUUCUCUUGGCUUUCAUUAAUAAAGAGUACAGCGAGUUCAACUUCAUUGCGUUUCUCAUAGAAAGACCUGUUCUUUCUAAACAUUGUCUUCAUGCAUUCUUUUGCAUGCCACACAAGUUAACUGUUACUUGCCAAAAUAUUGUCUUAGACUUAAGAGGCUUUUGGUGAGGAAUUUUAAAAUUUUAAAAGUAUGCUGAGUAAUAUUUUCACGUUUUUGAAGUAGCCUGUUAUUGUUUAAUGUCUGGUUUAGCUGGAUGGUUGAAAAGGAUGCAAGGAAUAAGAUACCUUGACUUGGUUUAUGCUUGAUUUUGGUUAAUGCAUCUCAUUUAACUGGAGAAAAAGCCAGGUCUACCUGUGACCCACUACUGUUCAAUAUUAUUUCUGUCUUGUUUAUUUAUUUAGAUGCAGAGCACCUUGUGUAUUUGGCUUGUAACUCACUCAAAAGGUGCUUUGCAUCAGUGACAGUGUCUCAUUGGUAAGAGAAAAUCUUAUUUGGUGUACCUUUUUACAUUGUUGUUGGGUGGCAGAUCCUGAAGAGGCUGUGCUGUACACUGGUAGAAUGAAUUAUUUUUAAAGGCCCAUAUCCUUCAUUUUUCAUGAAUUUUAUUUUUUUCUCGGAGGUAUAACGUGUGUUUUUAUGUACCAUAAUUCAAUUUUACAUGUCCAUUUUUCAACCUCUCUUUAUCCCUUAUAACAGGCUGUGUUACUGUGCCAUUAAGACCGAUGUGUAAAUUCCUCUGUUCUGAUUGGCUGCCCUGUAUGAUGCCUCAUUUAAAAAAAAGCAGCCCUGAAACACUCCUUAUAAACGCUGGGCUAAACUGAUAGGCAGAUACACUAUAUGGACAAAAGUAUUGGGACACACCUCCUAAUAUUGAGUUCAGGUGUUUCAGCCACACCUUGCCUUGCAGUCUCGAUAGACAAACACUAUGAGCUUAGUGACUUUAAACAUGACACGGUCACAGGAUGCCGCCUCUGCCACAAGUCAGUUUGUGAAAUUUCUUUCCUGCUAGAUCUGCCCCUGUCAACUGUAAGCGCUAUUAUUGUGAAAUGAAAGCAUCUAGAAAGAACAACAGCCUGACUGCAUUGGGCCAACUGUAAAGUUUGGUGGAGAAGUGAUGAUGAUAUGGGGCUGUUUUUCAGGGCUUGGUCUAGAACCCUUAGUUCCAGUAAAGGGGAAUCUUAAUGCUUCAGCACCAAAACAUUUUGGACAGUUGUACGCUUCCAACUUUGUGUGAGCAGUUUGGGGAAGCCCUUUUCUGUUCCAGCAUAACUGAGCCCCAGUGCACAAAGCAGCUCCAUAAAGGCCUGACUGGGUGGGUUUGGUGUGGAAGAACUUGACUGGCCCUCACAGAGCCCUGACCUCAACCCUAUCAAACACCUUUGGGAUGAACUAGAACGGAGAUUGUGGAUGAAUGGGCAAAAAAUUCCCACAGACACUCUCCAGAAGAGUGGAAGCUGUUAGAGCUGCGAAGGGGGACCAACUCCAUAUUAAUGCCUGGGAGUCAUAAAAGCUCCUGUGGGUGUAAUGUGUGGGUGUCUCAAUACUUUUGUCCAUAUAGUGUAUUUGUAAAUGGAUUGGUUUUUGUGACAUUACAAAAACACAAUUUAAAAUGGGCUGUUAUUGGAGUGGGGCAAUGAAUGGUACAUGUUAAGUGUUUACAUACUACAACAAACUCUUUAUUUAUGUUUUGUAUAAAAGAGCUUUUCAAUGAUAUGGGCCCUUUAAAAGAGAACAUCUCCCCUCUCAGCUUUGUGCACACAACUAUUCCGUUAAUUCUCUCUGCCAUUAAGGUACAUUUAUUCCAGAAUAAACCAAGUCCUCACUCCAUCUCAUUCAAAUAAGCUGAGUAAACCAAUCAAUUAGCACAUUUCACUCUGUAAUCGUCCUCAGUCACAUUACAGGCUGUGCUCAAAUCGAAGAGUUUGUGUGUUUGGACAGCAUGUAAUCACUGGAAAUGGCUUCUGAAUGUAUGAAUGUGGUCCAAACUGAAAACAUAACGUUGUAUUUUUGUGUUUUAUAUGCCCACAUCAGACGUGUGGAGGGAAAAAACAAAUGUCUAAAUGCAGCCAAUGAGAGAAAGUCAAAUGGUUAAGUGUCCCCAAACUGAAUGAAAGUUCAAGCAUGCCAGGCUAAUCAUAUAUUUCAUUGUAAGUUGUUGUUUUUUUUUUUGUUUUGACUGUUCAUUUAAACUCUGCUGAUUUCCAUGCACUUAUUUUACAGUUUGUCAUAAAACAGUAUAGACUGACUGUAGAGUAUUUCCACCGAUGGGGCCUUUAAAGUGAUGAUGUGCAGUUUUAAAGUUGCCCAACACAGGUUUUGUCCAGGGGUCGGCACUGGUGAGCAGCGUAACUAUAAGUCUUGAAUAUUAAUCAGGGAAAAAAAAAUCAGGACUUUAGAUUUUUUUCAAUGUCCAGCCUAAUUAUUCCAUCAUUUAACAUAAAGCAAAGACCAAAGCAAGAACAUAAUGUUCCCCAGCUAAACUGCCAAUGUUCUGUUUAUCGAAAUGAAUAAACAAACAAAUAAACUGUAACAAGUAAUGUUUUCUUUUCAUGGUGGGACAAAAAGGCCUUUUCACGGCUGCUGAAUUUGUAAUUUGUAAGUAUUCACUACUGAAUAUCUUGUAGACUGUUUUUCAGAACCCUUUUUGCUCAGAAGGACCUUUUCUCCCCUUAUGGAUAAAAACUCACUUGGGCAAUUUUUAUAUUUUAAUGACAAUGAACGCAUUGAGAGCCUCUUUACCGGUGUCUUUGACCGUACCAUUGUCCAGUAGAGAGAGCUUGGACCGAUUUUGUUACGGCAGAACCUGCUCUGAUCAGUGUGUUGUUUCAGUGCACUGACAUUUUCAAUAUAAUGAACAAAGUUCUGUAAAGCAGUGAAUGGUGUGUGACUCAUCUGUUGCUCGAGCAGUAAGAGGAUAAUGAAGUGUGUGAUGCUGUAAGACUGGUUUGCCUUUCAGGCAAACUAAAAAAAAAGGUGGCAAAAUCUUCAAAUGCGGAACUGAGCGUUGCUGUGGUUUGAUUGUGCAGGAUGUUGCAAAAAAAAGCCACCAAGUUUUUCCAGUAGAUGGACUCUGCAUGUACAGUUCAGCAUCUCGCAAAAUAUCUGGGGAGAAAGAACGUUGUUGUGAUACAUGCAAUGUUAUUACAGGGUUGUUACAGUACUUACUAUUCAGUAACUAUGAUUGGAUCAGUAUCUGCUAUGAGUUAUUCAGUAUCUACUAUGUAUUGUUUGGUAACUACCAUGAAUAAUUAACUACUACGAAUUAUUCAGAAACUA